UUGGGAUCGGCAGAAUUAUGCAACAGAGACUCCAAUACUGGAUCGAGUACGCAAGGAGGUUCCAGUACACAAACGGACGCCGCAACUUAUAGCGCUGACAAUGCUUUGCGACACCCCUACUUGAAGCAGGCCGUCUACCUAUUGGAAAUGCUCUUGCACAACUGCUCAGAAUAUCCUGUAUGUCUGGCUCUGGUGUAUGACGAAUUAGCUCACAUCUUUGAAAACACGAACCUCGAUCAGCGGUUACAGCUUUGGAUCAAAGAGAGCUGGAUGGUCGACUUUACGGAUCAGUACGUGUCGGAUAUGGACGAACUGAAUGAGCUGGUGACCGUCAUGGCACGAAAACAAAAUGUAUUCCUUAAACCGGGUUUAUGGAUGAAUUUGGAUGGCGAAGAUGCUCAGAUCGCCAUGAAAAUGUACGAGCUGGUUCUCAUGGAUGAUGAGAAAAAACGACGAAGUCUCGUAGUACCUCUGUGCUCGAUCUUCAAACUCAUUCAAAGCUGCGAGAAGAAGUUGAAUAACGGUGGACUAGAAGAAAUUGAUGCGCUUUUAGGCUGUGGCAUUAUUUUAUUCAAUCAAGAAACCGAGGAGGAAAUGAUCCGUAGUCUUGAUCCUCGAGAAUUGGAAAAUGUGUGCGACUUGCUGUUUUACACGAUCAACUGGUUCCGGGAAUUGUUGAAUGCAUUUUCCACUUUGUCUGACGAUGAAGUACAUCAAAAACUAUGUCUACGCUUGAAGAAUAUUCUCGCUCUCGAGACCAUGCUUCAAAGUUUUAUCACCUACGUUCCCCAUUACCUGCCCCUGGAGAUGCAUUCAUCGUUGUCAUUUAAAGAAAGCAAGGAAAUGACGGGAGUCUCAUUUCCAAAAGCGGAUCCACGGUCCUCUACUCAAGUGGAUGCUGAUGCUUCCGACGGUGAAGAAGGUACACCGCGGCCUUCUACCAAAAAAGAUACGAGCAUAAGAUCAAGUACAGGGCGAUUACCCAAGUUGGCCGAGUUGAAGCGUCAUAUGCGUGCUUUUAAUAUCAGUGUGUUGAGCCUGUUACAGGUGAACGAUGCGGGAGAUGCAAAUGGCGAUGCUGAAAACAAGUUGGAUUAUGCUUGUAUCAAUUACUUAUUGAGCGAUCUGAACGAGAAAUUGGAUAUCAAGGUUGUACCGGCACCCGUUCAUUUCUUCGGAAAGAAAAAGAUGACAAACAACAAAAAGCACAGCGUUUACAAUGCAUUGCUGCUGGCCCGUAUGGAUGCCCCCGCCUUUAUCAAGCAGAUUAUACAAUAUGUUCCUUUUAUGCUUCAGCGACUGGAGAUGUUGUAUGAAGACCUUCAACUUCAGGUGUACUCGGGACGUAUCAAUCAGUCGGAAGCAUUGGCCCACUGUGUUGCGUACAUUUUUGAUAUCUUGCUAAAGAUGCUUUCGUGGCCGGAAAUUGAAAACCCAGAAAACCGUGAUGUUCUACAUGCCUUAGUAAAUGCUAUCGCAGAACGCAUCAUGAUGGAAUCUGUUCAUCAACCGUCUUUCCAAAAAAUCGUCGUGGAAGCCUUCCAAUACUUGUGUCGAUUUGGGGAGAACAUGCCCCAAGCGCAAACGGCAGUCGUACUGUUCAAGCUUUUGGAACGUUUGCGAGAAUUAUCAGGUGAUAUCGUUGAAUUAAGUAGUGGCGGCCAUAAAGUGGUACAAGGAAUAUUGUCCACCGACUGGUUUGAUUGGCGCAAUAUCAAGAAGGAUAUCCCGUUCUUGAUUGAACGUUCCAUCGCAUUGAGUGAUGAUCCUGCCGCGGUACUAUAUAAUUACACCACGGAGAUUCUACCGGAAUUCGAGCGACAAGGGGGUUUUGAGCAAUACCCACUCUUGCGAACCGAAACGUUGGUCGACUAUUACCAGGCUAUUAUUAAUCAGACCAUCCAUUUACUUCGGACCUUGCACGAAAACCCGGUGGAUCCGGAACUUAUGCUUACUCAAAACGCACGGAUCGUCACGGUCUUUGAACGCACCAUUCAUUGCAUCAAAACAAAAGAAGAACGCUCACUGUUUGGUGUGCUACUGAGAACGGCGCGUUCGUUUAUCGACGAGUUUUCCAAGCAUUCUAUUCCGUUCUUUACCAGUAUUUUCAAAACAUAUCGGGAACCUAUCGUUGGCAUAUUCAAGGACUUUCAAACAAGUACCCGCAUGUUACAAGUUAUCUGCUCGCAUGUCAAAGCGCUCAAAGACAGUCAACUGUCCAGUUACGUACCGAUGCUUAAGAAGGCUUUAGAGACCGUCAUUUUCCAAGUCAAAAUGCUACUCACUGAAAAUAAUGCACCAGCUGAUGCAUUUUUCUUGGGUGCAUUGAAACAUCGUGAUAUUCGUGGUGCGGAGAUCUCGUCUCAGCUUCCUCGUGAGGAGACUAGUGAAUCUGAAAUAGAAGAAGACCAGCUGGCGGAAGAAGAUUCGUCUGCAACCACUCCCGCAGAGAGUAGACCAAGCAAACCUGCCCCAGCAAAGAGACGAAAACGCCCUACCAAAGAAAGCCCAAACUUGCCUGACAUUCGCACAACUAGUCAGGUGCCUUCGAGUUCUGACGAAGACGAACAAGAUGGAUUCCCAGUGAUGCCUGACGAUAUCUUGGAUGAUGACAAAGAAGAAGAAGUUGAAAUGAUACGAGCAGCUAAACGACCCAUAGAAAUCAUAGAGGACGACGAUGAUGAAGAGGAAGUGAUCGAGUUUGAUCUUGACGACGAAAAUGAUGAAGAAGCAGAAAAAGAAGCCAGUCCAGCGCCGGUAUCAUCGGUGGAAUCCGCGUCAAGGAAUACAUCAAAGGUUGUACCGUCAAAUCCUAUUAAACGACCGAGACUGGGGCUGGGACGGCCGAAUCAGCGCUCCAAUAGAGUCUUCAAUCUGUCACGUCGUCCAUCAUCCAACAGCGACGAUGAAUAGAUAUACCAUCAUUAAUAUCUGUAAAACUACUUGUCACAUUAACAGAGUAUCGGCAAGCACCAUCCGGAAACGGAAAAAAAAAACGGCCGGAUUGAAAUGCCGAUGCUCUGGUUUCAGAAGAACAAUUACGCUUUAUACUGAAAAUAUCAACUAUGGGGAGACAAUGAAGUAGAUGAUUUUAUUGAUAUGGAACUGAAUGGUGCUGUGCUACAGCUAGAGACAUAUUGCAGAGUCGUGGUUUAAGGAAAAUUUUCUGUCAAGUGAGACGACAAUUAUGCUGGAGGGUAUCCUAGACUACGAAGGACAAUCAACUGUCUGUCCGUGCCGACGCGUAGGAACCCUUUCGUUUGGAAUGCAGAACGGGCGGUCUAGGGUGUAACCAUUGGCGAACCAUGUAAGCAAUAAAGCAGUAAGCCAUGCAGCAACAUACAAGACACUUUGCGAUGAAUCUAUAAAA